GCUGAAAGGCCCAGCAUCCCCCACCUACUCAAGGAGCCAGCUGGAGGCAGGUGUCUUCAGACAGAGGGGCUCCCAGAGGGCCCAGGGACAGAGCACAGCUCACGAUGCGGCCCUGCCUCACCCUGCUUCUCCUGAUGGGGUUGUCUGUGUGCACCGCAGCAGGUGACAGUGGAGAGAAGCUGGCACUCAGCACUGACGCAGAGCCCUGGGUAACUGUGACCCUGGAGGAAGGCGCUGUCGCCAGUGUUCAGCUCCAGCUUCAGGGUGCAAAGAGGAGCAAGCCCAGCCAGUUCUUUGGGCUGAUGGGGAAGCAGAUAGAAGGAAUACCUCCGAUCCAGCCAGGAAGAACAGGGUAUCAGCAGGGACAACCAGCGCAGAGCUUCCUGGGCAGCAAAGGACCAUCCAUAGAAGAACUCUCCCCAGGCAGAGAAGAAGAGGACCGAGGUGCAGAGUGAGCGCCCCACCGCAAGCUUCCCAGAAAACGCAGCGCUCUGCUCCCUACCCGGAUGGCAGAGCUGCCCAGCCGCAGGCCACUCUUCUCCAGGUCUCUCCUGGUCUCAGCCCUGGCCUUUCACACCAGGUCCGCACUGAACACGCUGGGUUUCUUCCAGGCCUUGUGGUUCACACAACGAACUGUGUAUAAAUGCUGUCAUCACCCUCGAGAGCUGGUGUGGCUCUGGCCUCCCUCACACUCAGAGGUAUCAUCUCGCGGCACGGCAGGGGUUCAAUAAAUGAAUGACCAGUGAAUGGCUUAUUCUCUGGUGCAGGGCUGAGGGCAGGUACCGCGUGGGCUCUGCACCCUGCCCAGAGGCCCCACCUGUGUGUCAGCAAGAGGCCUUUUAUAGAAUGUGAAGAAAAAUACUAAACAGCACCGGUCCCACCCUUGGGUGGGAAAACGGGCUUGGGACACAAGGACAAUAGAUUAAAAAAAGGAAAAAGACGUUGCUUGCUAGGGUGUGGGGCGUGGGGCAUUUUGGAGUGGAAAGGAUUUGAAGGCAAGGGUCUUUUUUCCCUUUAGGCAUGCUUCUAAAAGAAGACGCCCUCUCCCUACUCCGUCAUGCUCUCAAGGGUUCAGACCUGUUUUAAAAUCUCCUGACUUGGGAGAACUGGGUCCGAAGUUAUUCACCAGUUCUCUUCUGUAAGGUGGCUUUGUGUUAGGGACAAUUAGUUGGUCACACUCACUCCUGAGCACUGGGAAAACUCCAGUGGAAGGAAUCAGCUCCCAACCCCAGAGAACCCUGUCUCAUGACUGUCCCUGCCCUGGUAGUUGACAGAUGGAAUCCUGGACCCCAGGAUGCUUAAAAAGAGGCGCAUCAGCCAGCACUUCUAACAGAAGAAAUUGGAUGAUGACCUUCUCGUACUGGCCACAGUUCAACAGCAAAAUAGGAUAAUCUGGACCUUGCUGAGGCCUUCAUGGCCCUGUGCUCAUCUCUCAGUCAGCACUCUGGGACUCCACGUACCAAAUGCUCUCCUCCCUCGGGGGCCUGCACCUAGGGUAUUUCCUGCCUGGACACUGCCCCCAUCCCUGAACCCUCCUCACUGGCUAGUCAUGUUUCAGAUCCCAGGAUGAAGCCGUUUUUCUGGUAAGACUUCCUGGUUCCCAGGCUCAGUGAAUUCCCUCAUGUUAUGCUAUCAGACCCUGUUCUUUCCCUCUGUGGAACUGAUCACAGUUAGAAGUGAAACGUAUUUAACACGUCUCCUCUGGAGAUUGUUAGUUUCUUCCCUUUUGUGCACUGCUGAAUAUCCAGUUCCCAGAGCCCAAUGGCACUGUUUGUUGAAUGAAUGAAUGUAUGUCAGGUAUUCUAUAAGACAAUUUGCCUUCACACUUUUU